GGAGCGGUCACGUGUUCUUCCUCCUCGGCUCCCGUAGCGCCCUGGUCAUUCGCGUUUGGCGCUCGUCCCGCUCCUCACCGACAGAACCCGGACCGACCGCGUGAGAUCUUUUGGCGAGCUGCUUGGAAGCUGCAGGUUGGAGACUCCUGAUUUAGAGAGAAAAGUGGGCUGGGCAGAAUAAGUUGAACACGAGAAGCCAAAAUAUAAUUGUCAUUUUCUUCCCAAGGGUCUAAAGAAACUAAAGUAAAUGGCCGCCAUGGGGAAAAAGCAGAACACAAAGUCCAAGAAAGACUCGAGCCCGUCAGAGGAGCCCGAGGAGUUCGUGGUGGAGAAGAUCCUGGACCAGCGCCUCGUCAACGGGAAGGUGGAGUUCUACCUGAAGUGGAAGGGCUUUACAGAUGCGGACAACACGUGGGAGCCCGAGGAGAACCUGGACUGUCCGGAGCUGAUCUCGGCGUUUCUGGAGGCGCAGAAGAACAUCAAGGAGAAACCGGCCGCCGUGAAGAGGAAGGCGUCCACAGAGGAGGCGGAGCCGGAGGCCAAGAAGCCGCAAAAUGAAAAACCUCGAGGCUUUGCCAGAAACCUGGAGCCUGAACGCAUCAUCGGGGCCACGGACAGCAGCGGCGAGCUCAUGUUCCUCAUGAAAUGGAAGGACUCAGAUGAGGCAGACCUGGUUCCUGCCAAAGAAGCAAACAAACGCUGCCCUCAGGUCGUCAUCUCCUUUUACGAAGAGCGUCUGACGUGGCACUCCUGCCCCGAGGACGAGGCGCAGUAGACUCCUGUUUUACCUCCUCCUUUAGCCUUUUAGUUCUGUCAGGGUGGGCACCUCGGGCACCUCGGGCAUCAGGGGACAAGCGGGACCCGGGAAGACCCCACUUCCCGGGUCUGUUUGGGUCCGGGUGGGUUCAGGGCGGGGUUGGGCGGGGCGGGUCUGAGGGGGGGGCCUUUGUAAAUAGUCUGCUUCUUUACCUGUCCGUUCACUAUAGCCGUGCCGUUUCAGUUUGUCUCAGAUUAGGGAACUUUUGUAAACUGUUUAUAUUUGUUGAAGAUUAAAGGCUUUUAUGUGAUUCGAUUUGUUUAAUAAACUUGAACAAAAUAU